GUUGGAGGGUCCUCCGAAAAUGCCGCAACAGGAUUCUUGAAAGGUUGUGAGAGCACUUUGGCAUGUUUGAACAUGAAAUAGCUCUAUCUCAGGGAUCUGUGGUUUAAUUUUUCUUCGUAUUUUUACAAAUCAAACUACUAAUGACUUAAACCAGAUUAUUACUACUAUGCAGGAUGAAAGAAUAAUUGACCGUCAAUUAUCUAUCUUUCUACAAUCAAUUAAAAUGCUCAAUUGGAAUUUCUAAAUUUAAUUCCUACUUUUUUAGUCACAUCCCUUUGUUAAUCAUUUAUAUUUCAUAGUUAAAUAUGUUUAAUGCACCUUCAACUAUAUCGAAUACACCUUCAACUCCACCGUCUUCUGUGAAAUUAUUGUCUAUUGAUGAACAUGCUCAAACGUUACAGUUUAUUGGCAGUCAGAAUAAUCAUAAUGUGAUUAUGGAUGAUUCCUUGUGUACGAUCGAUGAUUCAUCUGAACAUGAAACUCAGGAUCUUUUGAAUAAUAUUCAUCAUAACAGUCCCAACAAAAACAAUAACAAUUACUUACUGAAUUCCAAUAAUAAUAAAAAUACCUCAUUUUCUUCAAGUGUUACAGAUCUUUCUUCACCAUCAUCUCUUUUGCAUUGUGAGAAUUGUCCUAUAUGCGGAGAUAAAGUAUCUGGUUAUCAUUAUGGUCUGCCGACAUGUGAAUCUUGUAAAGGAUUUUUCAAACGUACAGUACAAAAUAAAAAGGAAUAUCAUUGUAAUGAACAAGGGAGUUGUGUUAUUGACCGAAUGCAUCGGAAAAGAUGUGCUUAUUGUCGAUUUCAAAAGUGUUUAACUGUUGGUAUGCGAGUAGAAGCUGUUCGUGAAGAUCGUAUGAGAGGUGGACGUAGUCGACGUGGACGUUCAUCCUAUAGUAUUGUAACAACACCAAGUCAUAGUAAUAGUUCUGAAAUGGAUCAUGGAAGGCAUAUUCUAUCAUCAAAUUCCUCUAAUCCUUAUUCAAAAUCGGUUGAUAAUGACGUAUACACCACUAAUACUACUCCUUCACCUCCUAAUACUGUUACUAUCAGUAGCACUGUUCUUAGUGAUAUUUUGCCUUCAGGCAUAGAUGUUGCUACCUCGAACACAGUUACAUAUAAUGAUACAGACUGUAGUAAUGGGCGAUCACCAUCCAUUAUAUCACAAUUGUCGUCGUCUACAGUCAGCAAGAUAACAGGUGAAUCGGAAUUACUGACUUAUUCUUCAUCUCAAAUAUAUUCCAUCCCACUAACGACUACAACAAUAACAACAACAGCAGCAGCAGCACGAACAAUCAACACUACAGUGACACUAACAUUGUCUGAUGAAUCUAGCCAAUUCAAUCAAACUGGUUCAGAGGAUAUGUUUACUUUGAAAGCUGAAUCACCUAGUGGUGAGAAAACGGAGAUGGAGAAUGAUCAAAGAUAUUUCAAUUGUCAAAUCAAUAAAAGAAAUAGUACCAAGACUGAUAAUAGUACAUCCUAUUGUAUUUCAUCUACUGUCACUUCUUGUCUUACUUCAAGUCCAAUGUAUCAUCAAACCUCAGUUAGAUCUAUUGGUCGUGGUAAUAUUGAAAUGCCUGUAUGCUGUUCUAAUAAUGUUGCCAAUUCUAUCACAACAUCCCAUAUGAGUAAUUCAUCAACAUUCAUAACAACAGAAUCUUCAUCUCCUCCUGCGCUAUCAUCUACGACUACUACGCCUAUUACUGCGUCUACGAUGAAUAUAUCUUCUUACUUUGCAUCUGCGCCUUCAUCUUCUACAUCAUCAAUUGUCACAUGUGCAAAUAUUGUCACUCUAUCUGCAAAUGAUUCCUCUACAGUAAUUGGUCAGAGUCAUUCUCAUUUACCUAGUUAUAGAAUAACGAAUUCAUCAGGCUUCCCUAAGUCAUCUCAAAAGCCUGUUAGUACAACUUUGAAGUCAAUGAGUUUAUCAUCUUCAUCUUUAUCCUCUUUCUCUACGGGAAUGUGUUCUUCCAGUGCAGAUUUUGUUGACCUAACAAAUUCAGAUCCAAAACGUCUACGUUUAUCGUUUACAAAUGUCAACAAUACACAUGGUGGAGUUAGUGGUUGUAGUCAAAACAGAAUAUCAAAUGAUUGUCUGACUAAUUAUCAGUUUACAUCCUCAAAUCAUUCGCAUAAUCAAUUUCCACAACAUUAUCAACCUAAUAAUCAUAAUAAUGACGCUAAUAAUGGUAAUCGAAUUCGUACAAAUAUUGACACGUCUCCUCUAAUAUCAUCUACUACGACAACAGCAAUGUGGUAUCCACCAAGUUUUGGAACUACUGAUCCUUCUGAACAGUCUUAUCGUUCACCAUUACCAUCAUCGUCGGCGUCGACAGUAACUGCAUUACAUGAGUCUUUGAUGAAUGAAUCUCCUAGUUAUCUACAAAUUAUGGAUAGAAAUUUCCAUUCUGUACUGAAAGACCCUUCUCAGACAUCAGGUGUUGUCUAUUCAAGUUCUAAUGUGACAUCAUCUCCUUCAUCAUCAUCCUCGUCGUCAACACCAUUUUUGCGCUCAUCAAAUUUUGGACUACAAUGUAUUACUGGCAAUGGUGGUGGUAUUGGUAAUGAUGGUAUUAACAACAAUACAUGUAUUAUUCCUACGGUUGGAACAGAGGCUAACACUGUGAAUACUUCUCCUGUAAUAGCUAGUAAUGCUUCACGGCAAUGUUUACAUUCCGAUAAUGCUGUUCCUUCUCCGCCUUCUCUUUCCCUUCAUCAACAACACAAUUCAAGAUUAUAUUUAAAUUAUAGUCAAUCACAGUCGGAUUUCUGUAGUCCUGUUGUGUGUUGUAAAUCUGAGUCCAUGUUAAAUUCAAUUGGUAAUAUGCUUAAUACUUCUGUUGCUUCUACAAGUAAUACAUGCUUGUCUUUCAAUUUUGAUAAGACUGGUGCAUGCUUUCCCAAUGAAAAUAAUAUUCAUAGUAAUCAUGUGUACUCAUCAACCUCCUCAAUAAAUAAUCAUUAUGAAAGCUUACAACAUAUAACACCUCUUCUUCCUCCUCCUCUCCGUCCUCCUCUUUCCAAUCGACAUUACUCCAAUGAAAGUAUGAUAAACACUUCUACAACACGCAUAACAAUGAUGAAUUCCACUUCUGUAACUACAAAUGGUUCUUCUUUAAACUUGAUGUAUCAAUCCAACUCAUCCAAUUUUGUUGAUGUAGAGUCGAUGAAAACGGAUCGUGGUGAAUUUGAUGUUGGAGGAGGAGGAGGAGGAUCAAGUGAAUCAGAGAUAUCUAGUGAUUAUGCUGGUGCCAGAGGUAGUGGAAGUAAUUUUCAGUGUAAUAAUCUCAACAAUACCAGUCAUACUAUGAAUAGAGGCUAUGCAUUAAUACAGAAUGAUUUAUUAAUUGAUAAAAAAUUUGAUUGUAAUAACAAUCAUCAUGAAAUUUCAGAGAAUGAUUAUUUAACAGGUGAUGAUAGUGAAUUGGACGAUGGUGUAGAUAGUGUUGAUGAUGAUGAGGAUGAUAAUGAGGAUGUGAAUGAAUACGAAGAUGAUGAUGAUGAUGAUACCGAGGAUGAUACUGAUGAUGCAGAUGGUGAUUAUGAUGAACAAGAGGGUGAGGAAGAUGAAUUAAGUGGUGGUGGAGGUGGAGGAGGAAGCAGAGACAUUCUAGAUAUGUCUGAAGGAACUGGUCAAUCUAGCUUCACGUGUUCUACAUCAUCUUAUCAUAAAUCAAAAUAUGAAAUGGAUUCAAAUCUUGUUGGAAGUAAUGUUGCUCAUAAAAACGCUAGUACCAGUCCUACCACUGCUACUACUACUAAUAAUAAUAACAGUAUUAGCAACAAUAAUGAAAUAUUAAUUAGUGAUUUUACUACACACAAAAAUUGUUUCCGAUUCGGACAGAUAUUUACAACAUCAGUGGAACAUGAAUAUAAAGUUGUUGAAUUAGUUCAACAAUUUAUUCCGAAAUUAAAAUGUAGUCUAGCUGAAUUGUGCUUAUUUCUCAAAUCCAAGAACCUUGAAUCAAUCGACCCGACUACUACUACUACUACUACUACUAUUACUACUACUACUGCUACUGCUAACAGUAGUUGUAGUAGUACAAGAAAUGAAGUCAUUAGUGAAUGCAUAAAUACUGAGCCUAUGAUGAUGUUUGGUGGAUCAUGUAUAGGCAAUUUUUCCAACUCCCUUUUAUCUUCAUCAUCAUCAUCACCAUCAUCAUCAUCGUCAUCAUCAUCGCCUUUUGUACAAGAUACACAGAUACAUAAUAGUGAUAUUGAUUAUUCUCAGGGAAAAACAACUAGUCAUAUUGACUCAACUAACUUCAAUGUGCCAAUAUUAAAAAAGGAUACAGUUAACUAUUUUCCUACACUUAGUACUGCUCAAAUAAAUGAAACUAAUUCUAUUCUCAUUAAUCCAUACUUGGAUGAUUUAUUGUCUUCCUUAUGCUCAUUAUUAGAGACAUGCUUAUUUUAUUUAGUUGAUUGGAUGGCUCAAAUUGAACCGUUUAAAGUGUUACCGGUUGAAGAUAAAAUGCAAUUGUUGAAUAGUAGUUGGAGUGAAAUUAUCCUAUUGGAAUUUAUUCAUUUCUAUCUAACACAUUUAAAUAAUGUUAGAAGGGCCGAUUCGGAGACAAAACCACAUUCAAACAACAUUUUGGAUCCAUUGAAUAUUUAUUCAUCCUUAUUUUCAAUGAACAAAACUCCUGUGAAUAAUAAUAAUAAUAAUAAUAAUAAUAAUAAUAAUAAUAAUAAUGGGCUAGCAUCAUCAUUGUCCAACUUGUCUAUAUCUGUAGAAAUAUGCAAUUUAAUUGAAGCUUUAUUAAACAAUCUCCUAGGUACACAAUCAGAAUUAAAGCAUAAAAUAAAUGAUUUAUUAAAGACAUUUGAAAAAUUACAAUUGGAUCAUAAAGAAUUUACAUGCCUGAAAUUUAUUGUUCUAUUCAAUCCAACUAAACACGAUACUUUUCUCACAUCCAAUUUGAGUUAUGUCUUAAAAAUUCAAGGAAAACUAUCCCAUUUCCUAUUGAAACGAUCACGUCGAUUUCUGCGUCUAUUAUUGAAUAAUCCUGCAAAUGAGCUUCAUCGUAUAUCGGAUGAACUAAAUAAAUAUCUUUUACCACCGGAUAGAUAUGGACAAAUUUUAUUAGAAUUAGCAGAGAUAAAAUAUCUUGCCUUUCAAUUGGAAAGUUUCCUAUUAAUGCGUUACCGAUCUGCUAAGAUACCGAAUGAAAGUUUACUAAGUGAAAUGUUGUUAACAAAACGCAGUCGAAUACCAUCGCAAUCGUCGACUGGUUGUAAUCUUGUCACAUCAAUGCAACCAUCACAUCAACCGACACAUGAAUAUGCCUACACUAAUGUUAGUUCAAAAGUUGUCCCGCCACCGCCUCCUGCUCCUCCUCCUGUUCAUCAUCACCCAGCAUCUCUACUACAAUCGUCGUCGACAUCGUUGUUGUUAUCAUCAUCAUCAUCAGCAGCAGCAGCAGUAGCAACAUUAAAUGAUGUUGAUAAUGAGUUGAAACACUUUAUGAAAGUUCUAUCUAUCCAGAAGAAUAGUUUAUUCAUACCAAGUACUGUUAGUAGUAAUUUAAAUACUGUAAAUUGUAUUUAUUCCUCCUCUCCUUCUUUAUCAUCAUCUCCUGCUCCUCAAUGUUCUUCUAUUUUCCUACCGAACAACAACAACACCAGUAGUUCAUCUGUGUUAAUAGUUGAUUCACAAAAGUCAUGUACCAUCGCCGCCACCCCAUUUCUUAAUUCAUUUUCUAAUCUGUACAUACUGUUACAUCAACUCAGAUUCCAGUUCUGUACACUUGGCAACAUAAUGCCUAAUAAAAGUGAUCAACCAAAUUAUUCAGAUGGUGACAAAUUAUUUCAAAAUGAAGCGGAACUUAAAUCUAUGAUUAUUAAACUGGUGCAAUCUAAUGAUGUUCCAAAUUUGAAAUUGUUGUUUCAACUAGCCAAUUCUACAUCUUCUUUAUCUUCUCCAGUCUCUUCGUCUUCAUCUUCUACAACUACACGAUGUCUGAGUAAACUUUUAGAGAUUAAAGAUGGUAAACAACGCAAUUUAGUUCAUAUUGCUUGUAAAUAUGGACAUAAGCAAAUGCUUCAAUACUUAAUACACGAUCUAGGAUUAUCAGUUACAAAUGUUGAUCAAGCUGGAAAUAAUUCUGCUCAUCUUGUAUUGGUUCAUGCACUGAAAUCACUGAAACCGAGUCAUAAGAAGAAAAGACGGAGGAUUAAAAAUUGUCCUGUAAGAAAUUACAUUGAUUGUUGUGAAUUGCUAAAAAUUAUUCUACACAAGCACUCAAAUCUUCUUAUGAUAUCUAAUAAACGAGGACAAAAGGUUACUGAUCUAUUACAGGUAUUAUGGAAUCAUUCAUCAGAAUGUGAACGAGAAAUUGGAGAUAAUAUUUUGCAGAGUGUUUUGUCUACGACCAACAACAACUCCGAUGAACACAGUCCAACUUAUCAAUCACCAUCAUCAGCUACAAAACCAGAUUAUUAUGAAAGAACGAAUUCAUUUUUAUCCGAUUCAGAUGAAGCAAAUUAUUCAUCCAAUGAAUGGGAAGAUUACUUUUCAGGUUUUUCUGAUAGAUCAUACAAAUCUCAUCUUGACAGUAUCAGAGAUGAAUAUGAAUAUCGUAAUCGAACUAUUGGUUUUUCAAAGAAAACAAAAUUAAAACAACCAACUAAUAAACUGAAAACUGAACAAUCUCAUCAUUUCUCAUCAAUUAAUGAAUUAUCAAAUGAAAAAUUAUUUAAUCAUAAAUUAAAUAAUAAUUUUAUCAUCAAUAAUUCAUAUAAAGUAUAUUUAAAAAAAUGGAAAGAGUUUAUCAACUCUGAUCAAACAAUAAUUCUUAAUUAUAAUGAUAUAUUAUGGCCACCAUUCAUUAAAGUUAAUGAAAUGAAUUUAUUAGAAUCAACAAUUAUUGAUAAUAUUUUAAGAUUUGUUGAAUAUUCAACUAAAUCAUUACGUCAAUUACAAGUGGAUUGGCAUCCAGAUAAAUUUGCUGGACGUUUUGGGAAACGUUUUAAAUCGGAACAUGUUAAAAAUAGAGUUAUGAAACGUGUAUUAUAUAUAUCACAACUUUUGAAUAAAGCUACUGAUUAUUUACGUGAUGAGAAAAAAAAAAGAUAG